AUGUUACAUGUCAUUAUAAUUUUAAUACAGGUUGAAAACAAUUAUUUAUUUGAUCCAAAUCUGCUGGAGGAGAUCUGCAUGAACGAAACUACAACCUAUUUGAAGGGUGGUGUGUCCUUAUCUAAUCCUGGUGAAGGGUUGAAGCUGAGACCCCUCUCUGCUGAUGAUUUUGCAAAAGGUUGCUACUUAGACCUAUUGAAGCAACCUAACUUGGUUGGACAGAUUUUCACGGAAACCAUUCUAAGCAGGUUCAAUUUAAUGAAAUCAACUCCUAGCACAUAUUUCAUAUUUGUGAUAGAAGAUUUGGAAAAGCAGAAGAUCGUAGCAUCUGCAACUGUGGUAGUUGAAAGAAAAUUCAUCCAUGAAUGUUCUUCAAGGGGGAGGAUUGAAGAUGUGGUUGUUGAUGAAGGUUACAGAGGACUGCAGCUUGGGAAGUUGCUGGUAGUUGUUGGAGAGUUUUUGUCAAAAAAAUUGGGUUGCUACAAAACAUCUCUUGAAUGCAGUGAUGGCAAGGUCGAAUUUUAUGAAAAAGUUGGUUUUAAAAUUGAUGGCAAGCAUAUGGUGAAAAGAUUUAGCUCUUAG